UUCUAUUUCUUAUCAUCCUGGUGAUAGUUUGUUAGUUUGAUUUCAAUAAUGGAAAUUUAUCAUAUAACAUUGGUAUUUGGUUAUAUUUAUGGAUAUGUAAACGUAGCUUUGAAAAAACAGACUUGGCAGGCAUAUCUUUACAUUGUAUCAGACAGUAGAUUUGAUUCUAGUAAUGCAGUAGAUGGACGGAAAUCUGACCUCAAUCCGUUGGAAGGACAGUGUGUUCAGUCAGCUGACAAUAAAAGAAGCGCCACCUGGUGGGUAAACCUGGAAUCAGACCAUAGCAUCCAUGACAUACGGAUUUAUUACCUGACUGAUAAUAAUGUAUGGGAUAAAAAUAAUGGAUUAACAGAACGAUUUCUUGGGUUUCGUGUUUAUUUAUCAAACACAACAAACCGACUUGAUGGUCACUUAUGUUGCCACGAUACAAACUAUACCAGAUCUACCAUACCAGCCAUUGUAAAUAUAACCUAUACCUUUCAUGCACAAUACGUCAUCUACUACAAUGAAAAGCUUGGAAAUGUCAAAUACCCAGAUGAUUAUUCUUACUACGCAUUUAAUGAACUCUGUGAGGUAGAAGUCUAUGGUUGUAUGACUGGAUAUCAUGGACCAAACUGUUCCCUCCCUGCCCUGACAACUGUCGUUAUUGUCACAUAGAGACAGGCAUGUGUUCAUUGUGUAAAGCUGGGUAUCAGGGAUAUCAAUGUG